AUGAUAUCUAAAGUGUAUAGAAUAAUGUCUGAGUUUAAAGCUCCCGCCGAUCUUUCGGGUGGUCUCUUCUUUAGAAAUGGAAAGAGGGUAAAUAUCGAUGGAGAGAAGACUUUCCCAGUCGUUGAACAGAGAAUUGGAGCUGAAGUUCGCCGCUGUGCCAACGCCAGCCCCGCUUUGGUCGACGAAGUUGUGAAAGAGGCCCGGACAGCUCAAAAAGAAUGGGGAAACAAGACGCCACUUGAGAGGGGAAAGAUCCUCCGAAAGGCUGCCGAGAUUAUUCGGGCUAAUCACGAAGAUCUUGCCCGCUGGGAAGUUCGCACCAAUGGAAAGCCGCUUGUUGAGGCUCGCAUCGACAUUGACUACUCGGCUGACACUCUUGAGUAUUAUGGUGGUAUUGCUGCCGCUGUUUUAAAGGGAGACUACCUCGAGAUUCCCGGUGGUGGAACGAGCCGAUUCGCUUACACUCGCCGUGAGCCUCUUGGGGUGAUCGGAUGCAUUGGAGCCUGGAACUACCCAUUGCUCACCUGUGUCUGGAAGGUUGGACCGGCUCUUGCUGCUGGAAACGCAGUUGUUUACAAGCCAUCGCCAUUCGCUCCCGCUUCACCUGUCCUCCUUGGAGAGAUCCUCACCGCUGCCGGACUCGCUGAUGGACUUUACAGUGUUGUUCAGGGAGAAGCCGAGACUGGAGAAGCUCUCUGCACAAACGCCGGAGUCAACAAGCUCUCCUUCACCGGAUCCGUCAACACCGGUCUUGCCGUUCAAAAAGCCGCUGCUGAAAACACCUUAAAGCCUUGCACUCUUGAGCUCGGUGGAAAGAGUGAGAUCAUCAUCUUUGACGAUGCUGAUCUCAACAAUGCUGUCAAUUGCGCAAUGAUGGCCAAUUUCUUCAAUCAAGGACAAGUCUGCACAAACGCCACGAGAGUUUUCGUUCAACGCGGAAUCCUCGAGAAGUUCACUCAAGAGCUUCUUAAAGCUUGUGACGAGAAAUUGAAAGUUGGAGAUCCAUUGAAUGAGGAGACUCGAGUUGGAGCCAAUAUUAACGAAUUUCAUAUGAAUAAGAUUCUUGGUUUCAUCGAAAGUGCUAAACAAGAGGGAGGACAAGUGCUUCGUGGAGGAGUCCAAGUUCACCCAGAAGGAGUCGAGAACGGAUACUACAUUGACCCAGCCAUUGUUACUGGACUUGGUGAUGAUGCAAAGGUUGUUCGUGAAGAGAUCUUUGGAGCUUGUCUCGUCAUUCUUCCAUUCGACACUGAAGAGGAGGCGGUCACUCGCGGAAACAACACCACUUUUGGAUUAGCUGCUGGAGUUGUGACUAGCGAUCUUGCUCGUGCUCAUCGAAUUGCUGCUCAACUCGAGGCUGGAUCUGUCUUCAUCAACACCUACAAUGAUUGUGAGGUGAACGUUGACUUCGGUGGUUUCAAGAACUCGGGACAUGGACGAGAGAAUUGCAUCGAUGCUCUCAAAGCUCACACUCAAACCAAGGCCAUCUACGUGAAUCUCGAUGCCUCAGCUACUUCUUAU